GAGUCGGUGCCCCUGCCGCAUCCAUUGAAAAGCUUAGUGACAACAGAUGGCAGCUGCAUGGAUAUGUACCUCUCCCUUCUAUCUGACAGAGAUUGGCCAUUCUUAUUGUAGCCAACGCACUCCGACGGUCAUCAGUCGGUGCAAUUAUACUAUCCUUACAUUCUUCGUGGAUCUACUGCCGCAGCAUACUUCAUAUUGACCGCGUGUCAGCCAUAUUGUUCUUCCGGUAGGAUGGGCCACAUCCUUGAUCUGCCCACGGAGCUCCUCCCGAUAAUAUAUCUGCACUUGAACAACAUUGACGAUGCUCUUCACCUGGCCCGCUGCUGCAAACGUUUCAAUGGCGUCUUUGAAUAUCAUCGCUUGGCAAUUCUGCGCAAUAUCAUCCAAAAUGCCGAUCAUCAUGUCUACGAUGCGCGCUUGUGUGAAGAGAUCGGAUUGCACGAACACUACACGCUACACAUGUCCCAGACCCGCUUCGUUUCCUUUGAUCCAACUCUCCGCCGGACGGUCAUGAACGCGUACCGAGCCUCCCUUCAGCCCAGUCCCGUGCUGCCGGCCAACGUGGUCUGGGACACGCUGGUGCGAUGGCAAGCCAUGCGGUUGCUAUUUGACCUCUACUGCGACGCAUCCGUGCACGAGACGUAUUCCCAGUCCGCGUUUCGAUUUGACCAAGGUCAGGAUGACGAGCUGGUGGACACCUACCGACCCUUUCCGCCUCCAUCCGGCGCGGUGUGCCCAGGCUUUGCCAUCCUGGACCAUCACCACCGACAGCGCGCCUAUGAACGGUUCUACAAGGCGCUCACGGCACACUGGUGGCUCGUCGAGCGGCGGUGGGCCAUCCGGGUCGAUGUGUAUGAGACCCCCGAGGAGUGCGUCGAGGCCUUCCUGACCCUGAGACCGACGAUGCGGCAGUUCGUCAACCCCGCGCACACGAUCCAGGAAUGGAUGGAUCUUCUCGAGCUGGACGACUUUGUGUGGAAUUUCCUCGCGCGCCGAGCUCUCGACCUGACGGACCGGGCAGCCUGGCUCUUGGCCACCUGGUCCCGCAUUUUCAACCCCGUCGACCGCUACCGUCAGGAUGAACUGGCACAAGCCUGGGGGCGCGUGCUCCCCCGGAUCCUAGGGUACUUACGACCGUCCAAUAUCAUUGAACUGCUCCUGCGGUCCCAGUGGGCGUCGCGCGGGGACUGGAGACUCAAUCGAGAGACCUAUUUGCGCCAUAUCGGAGACCUGGACGCGCCGUUUGGGGUGUAUGCGAAUGGCGACCUGGACUUUACCGAAGCCAUGCCACAGCUCCGGUUUCUGGAAGGUGCGGUCGAUGAAGCAUUGGUGCACCUUUCUCGCGGCAUCGGACCCGAUACGCGGGAGGUGUGUACCUAUACCCGAUUGACGGUCGUGGAGCAGCAGCUCUGGUUUCUGUGGACCACGUAUCGAUUCGAUGCCUGGCCGGAGCACGUCCGGGGUCAGCUCUUCUUCUGGGACGACCGGGACUCGAGGCAGAUGGUGCAGCGGAUCCAGGGGGCGGUGCCUCUGCCUCCGGAGGCGUAGUAGCAUCCGACUUGGAGUUCGCUUG